UUUGGACAAAACUCUGUAAUUUGCCUCUUUAAAAACGAUGUCAGCAAGCUGAUGCUAAAUAGUCUCUUCUUCUUCGUGCUAGUUGUGGACAAUCUGAAAUCAAAUCUUUUAAAUCUUUGAGACGAAUCAUCGAUACGUCUUAUUUUUCUUCUGCAGUUGUGGAAAAUUGGUGGGGCAUUUUCUAUUAUGGGUGUUGUAGAAAAUGUUGUACAGAACAAAGAAGGUUGUCUACCUGUAGAAGUAAAGGAGACUCUAAAAUCAUUGGCAUCUAAGUGGGAAGAUGUGCUUGAUGUAAACAUGUUGCAAGUUAUCCCUCUUAAGGGCGCAAUGACCAAUGAGGUCUUUCAAAUAAAGUGGCCAACAAAAACAGAGAAUGUCUCUCGCAAGGUUCUUCUUAGGCUCUAUGGGGAGGGUGUGGAGGUUUUCUUUGACAGGAAAGAUGAGAUUAGGACAUUUGAGUUUAUGUCAAAGCAUGGGCAGGGACCUCGGUUGUUGGCUAGGUUCCCAUAUGGCCGAGUUGAAGAUUUCAUCAAUGCACGGACACUCUCUGCAGCUGAUCUGCGUGAUCCAAAAAUAUCUGGCCUUGCAGCUGCAAAAUUGAAAGAGUUCAAUGAACUUGAUAUGCCUGGUCCAAAGAACGUCAGGCUCUGGGAUAGGUUGCGAAAUUGGCUGAAAGCGGCUAAGGGUUUGGCCUCUCCAGAGGAAGCUAAGGCAUUUCACUUGUAUGCCAUUGAUGAGGAAAUCUCUGAAUUGGAAAAGGCACUCUAUCAGAAGCAACAGCGUUUAGGUUUUUGCCACAAUGAUUUACAAUAUGGUAAUAUAAUGUUUGAUGAGGAGACCCAGUCAAUAACCUUAAUCGACUAUGAGUAUGCAAGUUACAACCCGGUUGCAUAUGAUAUAGCAAACCACUUCUGCGAGAUGGCUGCUGAUUAUCAUACAGAAAAACCUCAUCUCAUGGACUACAGUAAAUACCCUGGUUUGGAGGAGCGUCAAAGGUUUUUGCAUGCUUAUCUGAGUUCCACGGGUAAUCAACCCAAUAAGUGGGAAGUGGAGCAGCUACUUCAAGAUGUUGAGAAGUAUACUCUUGCAAGCCAUUUGGUCUGGGGUUUAUGGGGAAUUAUAUCGGCACACGUGAACAAAAUUGACUUUGACUAUAUUGGAUAUGCAAGGCAAAGAUUAGACCGGUACUGGUUACAGAAGCAUGCGUUGCUUGGUUCUUCUGGAGCCAGCACUAGUACUUGAUUAAUGGUAACUCUAAGAUCUACAAUCUGAAUUCCAUUCUCCAUCAUGCUCAUGCUGAAUAGCGUAAAGAUGGUUUAUACAUGAACCCAUUAAAUUUCUUUUAUUUUUUCUUCAGUUUUCCCAUGCAAUAUUUUAGAAUUUCUCUGGUAAAAUGAUAUUAUAGGUAGUUGAACAGAUUAUGAGCCUUUUUUUCUUGAAGUAUUAAAAUAGGAUUGCUGUUUCAGAGGGUUUAUUGUUUCUUGAACAUGUAUAUGUUAUGAUUUUUUGUGAUUCACAGUAUGCAAUUUCGCUGCAUGAAAUGAAAAGCCAUGUAUGACAUGGAGUUGAAUCUUGCUGGCA